AAAUUAUUGUGAUUGUUAAGGGAGCGCUGGGCUUCAAGGAGUUUGCCAGGAGAUAAGAAGAGAAGGAACUUUCUUGUCUCUCCUUGUGGCAGGCCAGAUCUUCCCCUCCCCCUACUUCUGCUCUUCCUAAAUACUGCCAUGGAACCAAACAGUCCUAAAAAGAUACAGUUCGCUGUACCAUUAUUUCAAAGCCAAAUAGAUUCUGAAGCGGCUGAACAGAUCAGGAAAAGAAGGCCCACCCCAGCAUCCUUAGUAAUUAUGAAUGAUUCAUCUCCUGAAAUAGAUGAGAAGAGAAUGAACAACAACUCCCAAGAUGAAUCACAGAAUGUCUCCCCUAAACAGAGGAAGCAGAGUGUCUACACUGCGCCUGCCAUGAAAGGUACUGUUCAGGAAUUAAGCAUCUAAAAACCCAGAAGGAAUUGGCAUUUCCAGAGGAAGAUGAAGGAGUCUGUGAAAGGGAUGAGGAAUAGAACCCUUAAUGGCACCAAACCUCUCGCGAAAGAGUCUUGAUGGUCAAACAUGAAACUGCUCAACUUUCAGUACUUACUGUGGAACUUUAUGGCUUAUGUUCCUGACCCAAAACAGUCUUCAUCCUAGUACCUAAGAAAAGGAAGGUUUUGCAGAGGAAUUCAUCAUUUGCAGAACUGGCCUAAGGUACCUCCUUGGUGAAGAGAGCCAUUUCUUUUCUCGCCAUUUCCUUUUCUUUGUAAUAACUCAACUUAUAUGCCAUAUAUGCAAAUAUAUGGUUUCCAAAGGUGUUGG